AUGUUGCGCAUGUCGUCGUUGUUUAUUUGGAUGGCCUCUUGCCAGAAGUCCAACUUGACGCAGGAGCCUUCAUGCCUCCUCCAGCUCACACCACGGGCCGCACCCGAGCCUACCUGCAUCUCUUCUUCUCAGUGGACAGAGCAGUUUUUUGUUGAGCCACAACCACCACCAAUUCCGGAACAAGGAAGUCAUUGGACCAGUGCGGCGCUGAAGGGCAACUUCGCGUUGAUGGCCUGGAGCCAAUUCUUUCCAGGAAUUCAAGGACCUCCUGCCUUGGCCCUCAUCUAUAGCAAGGAAGAGGGGGAGUGGCAGUUGAAUGCCAACCUGACGUCUUUGGCAUCCUGGAACAGUACAGAUGGCGUAAUAUGGGCAGUAGCUGAUCUGAGUGUGGAAAACAUUGCGAUUGCCUACAGCGUAAGUGACGCUACCAAACUGCCAGUCUAUAGCUUUGUCUACACAGGGACGACGUGGACUUUGGUGAACAUAGAAGAGUUCCCUGCAGGCCAAGACUGCCAGUUUACUGGCUCCAACGAUGAUUGCUUAAAGCUCGGUGGAGAUCUGAUGGUUUUGCGAACAGCCCUGGGUGGUUUUGAGACCUUCCAAUGGCAGGGCACGAGUUGGUCCCCAGUGCCGACCGCAAACUUCACAAACCCACCAAGCACUACGCCGUUCAGAUUUGCAGUCGACGGGCAGCGCCUCGUCUUGACCACCUCGAUUCUCAAUGCGGGGUUAGUCCCCGUUGUUUACGUGUACGAGUGGACGGGUAGCACGUGGAAUGGGCCGUCAGCCAAUUUCACUCCCCAAGCUGACGCGAUCAUCCUGAACGUCGCCGUGGAGGGCAAUUACAUUCUGACGGUCCUGCUUCAGACUGAUGGAACACUCACCACGAGGGCAUAUGUUCACGAGUACAACGCCGGCUCAUGGCAGGAGGUCUACAGCCAAGUGGUCGGCGAUCCGAACGCAAGCGCCAACGAGAUCCGGGAUGCAGAUAUCUCCAGCACUGGCAAGGCAGUAGUAGCUGUUGACAGCUCCGGCUUACGACGAAUCGUGAGCUUCUUCGAGAGAAGCCUUGAGAAUCUUUGGGGGCCAACGCAAACAUUGGUCUUCAACAACGCCAGGGCAGACUCGGCUGUGGGCAUCUCCGCGACAGCCGUUCUCGUGACUGGCUUUGAGGCUGAUGGUGGUGGCCCUUUUAACUUCACUGCCACCGGCAGGAUCCAAGGCUGCAACACAACUGAAACAACGACUCCGACGCCUCCGUACGGGUACUCGUACUCGUACUACUCACGACAUUCUCGGCGCCACCGACGGGCACACUGCCCGAAGUGGUGUGCUGGAAUCCAUUGGUGGGACUGGAGAUGCAGGCACUGCAGGUUUUAG